AUGGCGUCCAGGCGGCAGAAGACACAGUACAGGGUCGAGCCCUAUCGCAUCUGCGCCGUCGGGCCCAAGGGAGCGCGCCAGGCGGCCUCCGUGGCGCAGCCCGCGGCAGCCAUGAGCCAGAAGGCGCCCGCCGCUGGCGCCUCCGACGCCCGCCACAUGUCCAGCGGCAUGGUAUUCAACAAGAAGUUCGGCCAGCACAUGUUGAAGAACCCCGGCAUACUCGACAAGAUCGUGCUCGCCGCGGAGAUCAGGAGCUCUGACACCGUGCUGGAGAUCGGUCCCGGUACCGGCAACCUGACGGUGCGCCUCGUGCCCAUCGCCCGCAAGGUCAUCGCAAUCGACAUUGACAACCGCAUGGUCGGCGAGGUCAAGAAACGCUGCGUGUCGAUGGGGUACAACAACCUCGAGGUCAUAGAGGGCGACGCGCUCCGCACCACGCUGCCCAAGUUCGACGUAUGCACCGCCAACCUGCCCUACCAGAUAUCCAGCCCGUUCGUCUUCAAGCUGCUCUCGCACAGGCCGCUCUUCAGGUGCGCCGUGCUCAUGUUCCAGAAGGAGUUCGCCGAGCGCCUGCUGGCCUCCACAAACGAGGAGAAGUACGGCCGACUGGCGAUCAACACGCGCCUCUUCUGCACGGUCACGCGCGUCUGCAAGGUGGCGCCAGGCAGCUUCAACCCGCCGCCCAAGGUCGACAGCAUGAUCGUCAAGAUCGUGCCCAGGGAGCAGCCGCUGGUGGUGGACUUCGUCGAGUGGGACGGCAUGAUCCGCGUCUGCUUCUCGCGCAAGCGACGCACGCUUCGCAGCCUCUUCAAGAAGCAGGCGGUGCUGUCCAUACUCGAGGGCAACUACAAGAACUGGUGCACCAUCAACCGCCGGGCGCCGGAGCCCGUGCCGUUCAAGGACUACUGCAUGCAAGUGCUGGAGGACUCGGGGCUCUCCAACAGGCGCAGCAUCACCGUCUCCAUCGCGGAGUUCCUCGAGCUCAUGCUCAAGUUCAACAACGCCGGCAUACACUUCGCGAACGUCGCCAGGCCGGCGGGGGACAAGCCCGACGCCAGCUCGCUCGCCAAAGCGGGGGGCCCGCAGGUACCGGACUUCCUCUUCACCGACGACCACAUGGAGCUCGACGACUGA